CCUCGCGCCAAAUUACGUACUCGUUGCGCAUGUGUGCGCAGCUGUGGUUCGUGAAUACAGUCUUCCUGUCGUCACCGCUGCGCUGGCGCAGUGCAGUCUGGGCUGACGGUGGUGAGGCAACUGGCUAAACUAACCAGCUAACAAACCACUUGAAAUGGAUGUGUUCUUGAUGAUCAGGCGUGGGAAGACCACGAUCUUCACAGACGCUAAGGAGUCCACCACCGUGUACGAGCUGAAGCGCAUCGUGGAGGGCAUUCUGAAGAGAGCGCCGGAGGACCAGAGGCUCUUCAAGGAUGACCAGGUUCUGGAUGACAGUAAAACCCUGGGAGACUGUGGCUUCACCAACCAGACUGCUCGGCCACAGGCCCCCGCUACAGUAGGGCUGGCUUUCCGUGUCGGAGAUGACUCGUUUGAGCAACUGCAGGUGGAGUCCUUCUCCAGCCCUCCAGAGCUCCCAGACGUGAUGAAGCCCCAGGACUCCGGCAGCACCGCCAACGAGCAGGCCGUGCAGUGAUGGAGAAGGAGGGGGAGGGAGGAUGGAGGUGGGGGGGAGGGGGGAUGGAGGUGGGGGGGAGGGGGGAUGGGUGGAGUAGGCUGUCGGAAAAAACACUUUGGAAAGAUGAAAGGCAGCAUAGAGGAAGUGUAUUAUAAUUAGAGUUGAUUUCCAGAAUGGGGUUGGACAUGAUAGAGAAUCAAUCCAGGCCAUAUCCAAGUUACCUUCACCCUACUAGCACUCCCACACUCAUACUGAUGUGCUUCUUCAAACCAGAUUAUUUUUUACGUGUCUCUCUCUGCUUCUCCCUCGAGGUUUGACACCCCAACAGGCUCGAAGCCAGUCGGUUCAGUGUCAACGUGCUGGUGUGAGAGUGACUGUGUGUGUGUGUGUGUGUGUGUGUGUUUAGAUUAUUAUAAUUAUCAUCACCAUUAUCUGUAAUAUAACUAGGUUGUUUGUGUAGUGGAAGGAAUGUGCAUGGGACAGGAGUGAUGGAGAACUGCAUGAUUGAAUCCAAACAUUUAAAAGAAAAGGAAGAGAAGGGUCAGUCAGUCAGUCAGCCUUAACCACAACUUCUCCUUUAUGUUGCUGUUCUCCUAGCUUGUCUCACUUCCUGUUUGCAUCCCUGAAACAGCAGAUGUUGUCCUCUCCAUAGCUGGCCAGGGAACAGACCCUCUGAGGCGUCAAACAAAUGCUGUUUUUUUUUUUUUUCACGUCUGGAGAUACGAUCAUCCAAGUUUCUUUAGUCUGGAGAAAUUGUACCUUUUGAUCCUUUUAUUUAGUUUCUUUGCACUGACACCAAAGGCAGGGAUUGCUCCUCAUGCUGGAGAUCUAGUUGGUUGAGAACAUUAUUUUAAGGCCUUUUUUUUUUUUUGGUGGCAUAUUUAAAGAGCUUGACCUCCGUGAAAGGGUCAUCGUGUUGGACUCCUGGGGUUGUUGGGGGGUCUGUGCGUGACAUCUCAUUCCCCCCCGGUAACAUACACAUAGCCUGUAACUGUGAGCUUAAUAAAGGUUUUUUUCUUUUUUACAA